AUGUCCAAUGCGCCAGCUGAUCCUCAUCAUUUCUCAUUUUCCAAUCAUAAGCCGAUGGCUUCCGAGGAUGACUCUUCAUACCCAGGAGCCUUUUUCAUUCAAUCAUCAUCAGCAUUGGACUCCGCGUUAUUCUUUGUACUUGCAGCAUUUAUUUUGAAUGUUAUUGUUGUUAUUCUUGCCUUUUGCUAUUUCGAUCCUUCACCAUACCAAACGCCUUUAGUUUCACGAACAUAUCAUACACUACGUCGUUUGAGUCGACCCCGAGAUAACAACGUUCGAAUGACCAUCAAAUCACCGGAUGGAAGCCCAACUCCUUCAACAGUUUUAUUUGUUUGA